CGAGUAUACAAUAGACUCAAGUUAGAGGAGUGUCGAUUGCUUUUCUUUCGUACGUAUAUCGAAAGCUUAUCGAAAAAUAGGAAUCUAGUUUAUCUCUCUGCGUGAGAUUCUCUCUGUCUCUAUCUCUCCUUCUUUUACCCCACUCUUCGAUUCUGCUUCGUAUUUGUGAGAGCGUCACCCACACGUUCGUCGCAAUAUACAGAGAAUACUUCGUUCCUAAUUCUAAUGUAACACUCGACACACUGCGCAAAGCAACUACCGGCUUUACCGAGUUAUCGACUUUACGUUCACGAUACGUUGACGCCACCUUCUCUUUCAUUACAGGAAUCUAGACAAGGCAUAUCAUUGCAUUACAGAUCGUUUACCCUACGAAUUUAUAGAAAUCUGCAAUGUUAUAGCCAAUGCCAUUAGCGUUCUCAGUUUUCACUUUAUAUCUGCCGAACCAUGAACCUUCUGCCUUUUUUCUCUCCCAGUCCUUUAUAUCUUGAACUGCGAUGAAUUUAAAUAAGUUAAAAUACCCGAUAUAUUUUCACUAUAUCGUAUACGAAGAAGAUGGUCUUCCAAAUAUGAUCUGUUAUCCAUGCAAAUAUCAAUUAGAAAAGUCCUACCAGUUUAAGAAAAAAUGUGAAGCUGCUGAUGCUAAACUUCGUAAGCACAUGAAAUUGAUUCAACAAUUAACUGGUCAAGGUGAAGAAGGAGAAAAUCAGGAUAGUAACAGGGAAGAACUAAAGGAUUCUUCCAGUGGAAAAUCAAAACAAGUUAAACAGCUGUUAGCUGAUUUGGUAUCGACUAAAGGUGACAGUGGACAAACAGAUGGAGAUCCGAUUGAAGUAACGGAAGAAGAACUUGUUGGUGGUUACAUCCUAGGUAUGAAUUCAGAAAACUUAGAGAUGGAAGAAACAAUGUCGGAAGAUCCAGAAAAUAUUACAUUAGUUCCUGCGGAGGAACGUACUGCAAAAGCACGUUGCACAAUACGUACAACACGUAUUAAGCAAGAACAGGAAUCUGAAGAUGAAGCGGAAGAAGUACAAAGAGCAAUUGCAAAUGCUGACCACAAAAAUGUUUAUAUGAUGGAAGUUACGAGUAACAGUUCAGGUCAAGGAGAAUCCUUAAAAUUACAACCAAUUGGAGAUACCAUGGUCGAAACUAGUGAAGAGUUAAAAGUGUUCCAAUGCGAUAAAUGUCCAAAAGCAUUUACCCGAAGAAUAAUGUUGAAAAGUCAUCAGUCUGUUCACUCUACACAAAGAGGUUUUACAUGUCAAGCUUGUGAAAAAUGGUUCCCCACUAGAUCAGCUUUGGUCAGACACGAACGUACUCAUACAGGUGAAAAACCGUUUGGUUGUAACAUUUGUCAUCGUGCCUUCGCACAGAAAGAAAUUUUACUUCGACAUCUCAUGACUCAUUCUGGUCAAAAACCAUUCCAAUGCCAACAUUGUGACAAGAGCUUUACUCAACGAGAAGCAUUAAAGGUACAUAUGAGAAGGCAUCAAAAGUUGGAUCCAAAUGAUAUACAGUUACACCAUUGCCAACUUUGUCCUAAAGCCUUUUGUCAUGCAUCUGGACUUAGCAGACAUUUAGUUACACAUACUGGCAGAACAUACAAGUGUGUAGAAUGUGAAAAAUCUUUCACUGAUAAAAGUUCGCUGUUAAGGCACAGUCGUAUCCAUGCACCUAAAAAAAUAAUGACAAAUUAAAUUUCCCCUACGAAUUGCAUAUCCUAUUGUUUACGAAAUCGGUCGUCAUUAAAUUAAAAAAACAUUUCUGUAGAAUUUUUUUUAAUCAUGUAUGAUAAUAGCAUUCUUAUUUCUUACUGUUAGUGAUAUAUUAAGUAUAUCUUAACUGAUACUUAGCAUUAAUUCAUUCAAUAAUUCCAAGUAUAUUUCUACCUAAUUAUGUUAAAACUAUUUGAUUGGAGUAUAUUGAAUGAUUCAUUAAUAGUAUCGCUUACAUGUUAUUUUUAAAUCAUUAAAUGCAAAAUUGCAGCAUAUUUUUACUUUAUUAAAUAUGCAAUGGAACUUAUACAUCUUUCGAUCUGAUAUACACUACACAUUGUUAUAACAUUUCAAUAAGUUAUAUUUUAUUAAAAUGUAGAUCAGUAACAGUAUUCUAGUGAAACAUUUUUUUAUAAAAAAAUUUGUUCCUUAUACAUAUUUUCAUGACAUUUAUAUUGUAUACAAUUCUAUGUAUUUCUAUGUAUAUAA